AUGGAAGGCGCGGCGGAGCUUGUUUCCACCGUCGGGCUGGUGGUGGGUGAGGAGUACCGGCAGCUCCGCGGCGUCGGCCGCGAGGUGGCUGAGCUCAGAGACGAGCUGGCCACCAUGAACGCCAUCCUCCGCAUGCACUCCGAAGCUGACGAGGGCGGCGUGGACCACUUCGUCCGGGAGUGGAUGAAGCAGGUGCGCGAGCUCGCGUACGAUUCGGAGGACUGCAUCCACCUCUACAUUUUCCGGAUCAGGUGCCGGUGUAGCGACGGCCUUGUCGCUUGGUCCAAACGCGUGCUUGCCACGCUUUUUCCUCGACAUCGCCUAGCAGGCGACAUCAAGGACCUUCGCGCCCGUGCGGCAGCCAUCAGUGAGCGCCAUGCGCGGUAUGGCGUCAGCAGAGAGGCACUGCGCCGCUCUCCUUUAGCUUUAGCCCCCGUUCCGCGGGCAGGGUCCUCAUCCCCGUAUGCGCUUGGCCCUGCCCACGACCCAGGCCAGCUCGUCGGCAUCACCGGGCAGGCUAACAUCCUUGGAGAGAGGGUGAAGGCGGUGGAUGACCCAGAUAGUGACAUGAAGCUUAAGGUGAUCUCCAUCGUGGGGUUUGGAGGGCUUGGAAAGACUACGCUGGCGAUGGAGGUGUGCCGGCAGCUGGAGCCCGAAUUUCAACGCCAAGCACAAGUUUCUGUAUCCCAGAUCUUCGAUGCCGAGAAGGACAUGCUGGGACUUCUGGAGCGCAUCACUCGGCAGAUCUUGAAGCCGAAAGUACAUAACAAGGAAGGCAUCAAGGUUGAAGAAAGUAUGACUUUGGAAAAGGCGCUCCAGGACAAGAGGUAA